CUCCUCCACACCGGUCAUGUCAUGCGUUCAAUGUUUUUAAGACAUCCAGUUGGCAGUCCUGCAGUCGGUCUCCGGAGCGCGAGAAGAGAGGAUCGACCGCCCGUCUUGCAACCCUUUUGCUCCCUGGCUUUCGCGUGUUGUGAGGGACAAGGGGGUUGCUGAUGGCUUUGAUACACCGAGGAUUUUUUUGCAAUGACUUACUGUAGCUGUUUCCGGUAACGGGUGACGUACAGAAAUCGUUCGAUCAUAUCCCGUACUUCAAGUGUGAUGUUGCUUCGUAUUUCACACUUUCGUCGACGAAAUUUAGCUGUAGGAAAUUUGAUUUGACGUUGUUGCCCUUGCAUGCUGAGACCAAGAUUCCAAAGGGUAUUCGCGAUAAGCAAGAUCCAGGCUGGUUUCCGGCCUGACAAGUGACGCGAACGAGAGACAGACGUCAUCCCCGCGUAUUUACGUUAUGGGACACAAAGAACGAGAACGUAAUGGUUUACGCCGUUGUUAAUCCACGUGACUCGUUCAUUGUACAAACGGGCGUUAUCGCUGCCGGUCAUUCCACGUGAGAGGGACGGAACUGCGAGACCGAGGACCUACAAGGGGGCGACGACGAAGGGCACGACCGACCCUUGGACUGCAGCGCGGGCGAUAACCACACGCAGUAAGGCGGAAGAGAGAGAAGGAGAGGGAAGAGCACGUAAGCGAGGCAGUGCGAGGUGUGAAGCUGGAAAGCGAAGGCGCGCGGGCGGGCUGUGGGCGGCGCAGCAGAUGCGGCGGGCGUGAGGGCGGCGUGGGAGCGCCAUGGGGCAGACGUACUCGGCUAUGCGGGGCUCGCAGUCGGCGGUGCUGGGCGAGGUGGUGGUGGGCCUCGAGGCGCUGGCCAUGCUCGAGUCCCCCGAGGAGCACAGCUCAACCGUCGUGCGCAUGGCCAGCCCCCAGAUCCCCGGUCUGCUCCGCAAGGGCCAGCUCUCCCCGUCGGCCAAGGGCGGCAUCGGCGGGCUCAGACAGGUCCUGGGAGUAACGGAGGAGGACGAGGACGAAGACGAAACAGGGGAGAAAGAAGGACCUUUUUCUUCACCAGCUCCGAGUCUCAGAAGGAUCCAGCAGAAGCGACGUGUGGAAGUAAGUACUGAAGUCCUUUUCGCCUUCACCAUUAAGUCAUCACAACUUCGUGAACUGUCAAUUUCGUACAAGCACUGUCACUGACCGACAGCCUGUCAC